AUGUUCAACCCAAACUUUUACGACCAAGACGAUCCCAUGGCCAUGUAUCAGUCCUUGGCUGCUCGCCGCGGCGGCGCUCCUAGGCGUUUUGACGAGUACUUCCGAUGCUAUCCCAUCGUUAUGCUGCCUGGCCCAGAGCGCCACGAGGCAAACCACGGCGGCAAAGUGUUCCUCCCUCCCAGCGCUCUCGACAAGCUCACCAGGCUGCACAUAUCAUAUCCUAUGAUCUUCGAGCUCAUAAACGGCAAAGCAGACGGGAAGAAGUCACAUGCAGGUGUAUUGGAGUUCAUAGCGGAAGAGGGCAAGAUCUACCUGCCAUACUGGCUCAUGGAGACGCUACAGCUGGAACCUGGCGACCUGCUACAAGUGAAAUCGACAGAUAUACCGCUCGGUUCCUUCAUCAAGCUACAACCUCAAGACUCUUCCUUCCUCGAAAUCUCCGAUCCCAAAGCCGUUCUCGAGAAUGCAUUCCGGAACUUCUCUUGCCUCACUGUAGGCGACAUAUUCACCUUCUCGUACAACGACAACGUAUACAGUAUAGCCGUAUUGGAAGCCAAGCCAGAGCACUCAAGCAAGGCCGUAUGCACCAUCGAGACCGAUCUGUCAGUCGACUUCGCUCCACCAGUAGGCUACCAAGAGCCGCAGAGAACGAGUGGCACAAGCACACCGCGCAGCGUCAUGGCCGGCAAGGGCGGCACACUUCACGCCCACGGCACCAUGGCAGAGGCGAUCAACUACGCCGCCAUUGCCCCAUCGUCCACAACUGCCGCAAAUGGAGCCAAAGCCACCUCCUCGAAUUUCCUCACCACCGGCCACAAGUUGCUCAAGAAAGGCAGCAAGGCGCCUACACCCCAAGCCUCCACACCCGUCGCAGGACAAUCAUCAAACCCGCCUCCUACGGUACGGCGUACCAACGGCCCGCAGCCGCUCAGGCUACCGCCCAACAAACUGUUCUUCGGGUACGAGAUCAAGCCGCUCAAGGGUAAGGAGGAGGAAGGCGAGCAGAAGGAAUCAAAACACUUUGAGGGUGCCGGGCAAUCACUGCGCAAGAAGAAGGGUGAUAAAUGA